AUGCACUCCCGCCCAGUAGUCGCCAUUCUUGCGGCCUGCGUUGUCGUCCUGUCAUAUCUGUUUUGGCGCUGGCAAUAUCUGUCGCUGGAAGGCGCUCUGCCAGCAGCGCGAUGCUCACUCGAGGUAGCCGACCAUAGCACUGCUCUUUCAACUCCUCAGAGGCGAUUCAGAGUCGCUGUCGCAUCCUAUUUCGGCUUUCACUUUGACGUCUACAUGGCUUUGGUCUGGACUCUGGAACGCGUCAUGGCGCAAAGUGGGGCAGUGGAGGUCUAUGCUGAACAACCCUUCGGGUUUGACUUCCAGAAUAUUGUAGACGACCUGCGGCUUUAUCGCGGGGCGGUCAAACCGCCGGACAGGCUUGUGAGCGACAUCAGAGCUAAUAUGGGCACGGGCGGAAUCGACCUGGUGGUGCUUGGUACUUGUGAAGUCGAUCUUCGUGGCCAACAGCACCAAGACCUCCUUGAUGCGUGGGAUGCGCGAUCAACCGGCUUCAAGUUCAAAAUCGUAUGCAUCGUCCAUAACAUCGAGGACUACGAUUGGCAAGUUAACAUUCCUGAAUGGUCUCGACGAAAUGCCAUUCGCAUACUCCCAAUAUCAGAGCACGCUGGACCCAGUGUUGCGUCUGCCUUCAAGCAGAUGUUCCUUGUUUCUGCCGAUAGUGCCAACGACACACUGCGACUUUCGCGUCCUGAGGAUAUACUAAUCGACGUACAUGUCCCUGUUCUCGACAUCCCAAGCUUGAAGAAACGGCAACCCCGACAUUUCCUGUCAGAUGCCGUCAUUCAAGGCAGCUUUUUCUCUGAUCGACGGGACUAUGUGAAGAUAUUUGCGGAGCUCAAUGAAUCUCUCUCGAUUAACCCAAAGGUGUGGGGGUAUCUUUCUCGGCAAACACAAGAUGUGGCAUACCGCGUUGACGAAUCUUUACCGGACCCGCCAUUUCGCUUGUUUCUGAUUGGCUCGGGUUACAUCGAAAUCCCUCCAGAGCUCGAAAACUUGGUGGUAGUGCGCGACGGACUGAGCUAUCCAGAAUUUUAUGCUCUGAUGAGCCAGAUGGACAUCUGCAUUCCUGCGUUUUCCGUAGGAAACGACUACUAUGACGUGCAAGCCAGUUCGACAUUUGCGAUGGCUGUUGAAUGCGAUGUCCCGAUACUCGUGACGGAGCGAAUCAAAAAAGCAUACGCUUACGCUGACGACCCACGCGCCGUUGUGACGCGGCCAGCAGCUAUGCGUGAAGUGGAAGCGUUGCGGGCCCUUCGGACCGGAGAUGUCACGCAUUUCUUGCAACAGACGAGAAUAUCGCCGGAAUCAUCGACAGCGCAGGGCGCGAAAAGGAUGGUUCAACAGGGCUGGGUGCGCUCAGCGCAAGAGUCGAGGUCGUUUAAAGAGGGAGUUUGGGCCGCCAACGAGCGUGUCGUGGAGCGAAUUUUACACGAUCUGUGA